CUAAUAUGUACAUAUAUUUUGAUUUACUUUCUAGCGCGAAUACUAUCUUCUAAACCUUCACUCGAAGCACACGAAGGAAAACAUUUAAAUAUUAAGCGUGACCUCAAGGAAUGUCCAAUGUGUCAGAAAAAAUAUAGUCAAGAGUAUUUAAAGAAUCAUAUUCUAGCUGUACACAAGGGAGAGCGUAAAUAUACCUGCGAUAUAUGCGGUGAUUCAUAUAAAACCCAAGCACUGCUUGGACGUCACAAAUUAUUGCACACCAAGGAGCGCCCUUUGGCAUGCCAUGUGUGUGAUAAGAGAUUUACAGAACAAUCUCACAUCAAAGUACAUAUGCGAAUUCAUACUGGAGAACUGCCAUUCGAAUGUGAUUUGUGUGGCCGCAGAUUUAGAAUAAGGGUACAUCUCACUUAUCAUUUGAAACAACAUGCCAACAUUAAGCACAAAUGUGAAGUGUGUGGUAAAGAGUUUAAACACAGCAAAUCAUUGAAAGACCACUCGUACCAGCACACUGGCGUAAUGCCAUAUACUUGUACCUUUUGCGAUUACGGUUCUCCAAAACGUGAAUAUUUUGUGAAACAUAUGAUGAGCAAACACAAAAUAUCUAUGACGGCUGAUGAAUUAUUUGCUAUGUUCAAGGCGAACACUGGUCGAUCCCCUCAUGUAAAACUAGCUGAGGAAAUGGAAAAGAUAAAAAGAAAAGUGCAGCCAUAAAAUUUAUCAACCUAAUGUACAUAAUAAGGCUGACUUC